AUGGAGACGAGCACCUCCCGGUUGAGGAAGGCGUUUCGGUAUCAGAACGACUCCGGGGAUUCAGACGAAGAAGGUGAAGAAGCUAUGGAUGAAGAAGAACAAGAAUCACUGAUCCGUAAUCUACGGACUCAAAACGAUACAUGGAAUAAGACUUAUACUAAGAUUCUUCUCGCUCUCCCUUUAGUUUCUAUAAUCCCAUAUAUUCUGGCGCUCUUCAGCGAUACCUCAAAGCGACCACCUCUCCUCUCUCUUCUAAGCAUAACCUCGCUGCUCUCGACCGCAUAUCUGGUGUACAUAUUUCCGCCAGAGACAACAGGCUUGUCGUUCGUGGAUAAACAAUCCAAAGUUGUGAGAAGUAGACAGGAACGGUUGGCUCAAGGAGAAGAUGGCCCAAUCCGAAGAUAUCUUCCUAUUUUGAAUGUUGCAUUAUGUGUCGCGAUCUUGGGGCUAGGCAGAUUGGUUAGCGACAAAGGCGACGGAGGAGAGUGGAUAAUAUUGAGUGGCUUGCCGGCAGGAGCUUCAGUGGUUGUGCUUUUGGGGAAAUGGGUAAUGGGAAGUGUGGAUCCGGAGAGGGAGUUGGCGGAGUUGAAGUAUGAGCUCAAAGGGGCUUAA